CGGAAUCUGCGUGCAGAGUGAUCGUAUUUUUCGGUGAUUCUAACUUUUAUAAUCGUGUUUUUUCUUUUUUUUAAAGAGGAAAAUAAGUGAGGAGUGAGGGGUGGACAUGUGACCUUCCGCACAGGAAGAGGAGUCAAGAAGUGAGUCACAUAUUCCUCCUACAGGGCAGGAACCAGACUCGAGGACCCCCCCUACCCACCCACACCCCCCGCCCCACACACACACACACACACACACAGCAGGAUGCCGUGCUGUGGACUCCUGUGUCAGUAUGAAACCAACAAGCUGGUCCGGAUCCAGAGCGUCCGGCUCGGCUCCCUCAAGUGGAGCCUGAACGCGGCCAUUCUGCUGUUUAUCUGCCUCAUGCUGCUGUGGAACAGGAGCUACCAGCAGUUUGACCUGGUGGUGAGCUCCGUCACCACCAAGGUGAAGGGCGUUGCGCGGAUCCACAUGCCCGGGGUCGGGGACGUGGUCUGGGACGUGGUGGACUACAGCGGACCCUCUCAGGAGAAGAACUCGUUCUUCGUGGUGACCAACGUCAUCGUGACGAAGAACCAGAAGCAGGGGAAGUGCCCCGAGGUUCCCAUGAAGGGCGGAUUGUGUCGCAGCGAUGCGGACUGUGAGGAAGGAGCCUGGAACCAGCAUAGCCACGGAAUCAAGACCGGUUCUUGUCUGAAGUUUGACGUGUUGAAGAAAACCUGCGAGAUCUCUGCGUGGUGUCCCGUGGAGACCAGGACCAGCCCCCCCAGACCCGCCCUGCUGGCAGCCGCGGAGAACUUCACGGUUCUCAUAAAGAACAACAUCCGGUUCCCCGCGUUCCACUUCAUCCGGAGGAACAUCCUCCCAGAGAUGAACGACGGCUACCUGAGGAGCUGCCAGAGGGACAAAGACUCGCUGUGUCCCAUCUUCAGGCUCGGAGACAUCGUCCGGGAGGCCGGAGAGAAGUUCUCCGACAUGGCCAUCGAGGGGGGCGUCAUCGGCAUCCUGAUCGAGUGGGACUGCAACCUGGACCGGCUCAUGCAGCGCUGCCUGCCCAGGUACUCCUUCAGACGGCUGGACGAGAAGGAGAGCAACAGGACGCUCUACCCGGGUCUCAACUUCCGAUUUGCAAAGUACAGCUCUGUGAACGGCGUGGAGCAGCGGACGCUCUACAAAGCCUUUGGGAUCCGGUUUGAUGUCCUGGUGUUUGGACAGGCGGGAAAGUUUAGCUUCAUCCAGCUGGUCAUCUACGUCGGGUCGACACUGUCGUACUACGCUCUGACGACCUUGAUGCUCGACUGGCUAAUCGGAACCAACUGGUACUCGGCGGAGGUCGGACAAAUCUACUCUGAGAAGAAAGUCGAGUCUGUGGCGGACAAACAGAAGUGCCUCCUCUGUGUGUCCUACGUCGAUGAGACAAACAUCCGACUGGUGAAAAAAUCCCAGAAGAAAAGUUUACAACUCGUCAAACCGACUUCGUUCCAGCCGCACAAGGAGGACGGUGGUCACCUGAGAGCCGCCAUCUUGCUGCUCCAGCCGGGUAUCGCCGUGGAUCUGUGCGCUCUGGACCGUGACCCCGCCCCCGACCCGGGUCGCGCCCCUGAGCGCCGCCGGCCCGCCUGGUGUCAGUGUGGCCGCUGCGCCGCCUCUUCCCUUCCCCAGGAGGAGCUGUGCUGCCGGCUGGGCGCCGGCGCCUGCAUCUCCUCGUCACCGGCGUUCGAGCGGCUGGUGUUGCAGCGCCCCCUACUGGAGGCCGUUCUCCUGUACCGAGACCCUUUGUCCUCGCCGCCCGCGGACCGAGGCCCGGCCGUCUCCGCCCUGCGCCGCUGUGCCUACGGUCAGUACGUCAGCUGGAUGUUGGGGGUCCCGCCCGACGGCGCCCACGCUGCCAUCCCCAGCUGCUGCGUGGCGAGGGUCAGGUCCGAGUACCCGAGUCCGGACGGGCGGUACGGCGGCUUCAGGCCCGGCGGGGCGGUGUCCCUGCAGGCCUGCGCCAACGGGGAGUUCUGAGAGGACCGACCACACCUCGACUAACCGUUUGUGCUAAUAUCCUGAAGCAUAAUAAUAAAGCCAUUACUAAUAACUGAGUCAAUAAAUCAAUGUUUAAUAAAAUAAUAGAAAAGAAA